AUGCCAGCGGCGUCGCAGAACGCGACGAAGGCAGCACUCGUGAACCCCCCCGCGUUGUCCAUGCGGAAACAUCCCAGAGGGCCGUUGACGUUCAGGUCGGCGAGGAAACGCCGCGUGUACGUCAGGGUGUCGCUCUUGGCCCGCAUGCCGUACGCCCGUUGCCACCGCGACGCACUGUCCACGAACAUAAUCAGGACGUCGGAUGAGGCGAUGGCUGCGGCUAGGGCAGGCUGAAAAUCUCGGAUUGACGUAGGCACUACAUCAACAUCGAUAGACGGGGAAACAUCACUCUGAGGUACUACACCGGAAGUGGUGGACGGGAUGCUCGAAGCCGAAGGUACAACACCGGCAGUACCGAUGGACGGGAAGCUCGAAGUCGAAGGUACAACACCGGCAGUACCGAUGGACGGGAAGCUCGAACUCGGACCGUACCCUGCACCCGAUCCUGAAAAUUGAGAAGGGGGAGGGGGGUUUUGGGCGAAAAGGCCAGUGCCAACGCCAGGCGGAGACGCUUGGCGGACAACGGGGGGAGGGACAACGGUAGAGGGGAUUACAUCACCGUCGCGGUACGAGGGGGGCAAGCGGGUGGCCGAUAGAGAGCAUCCGAUAUCCGAAUAUGCGAAACUAAGCCGACCGCCGCAAAUGUGCACACCCCUCUCAUCCAACAUUAUCCUGUGUUUUUUCUGCGUUUGGUGCAGAGAGAACAAGUUGAACGAAAUUCCUGGCACCACGUACACGUCUGUCAAUUGGGCACAAAAAUCCACUUCUCCCGAGCGGCCUCCUGCCAUGUGGAAUGCCAGAUUGACACUACCGACACACUCCACGCGCAAAUGAGCACCAUUGCCUACUCUGAUGUAUUCUUUGCCGGGGGGAACAGGCGAGAUGUUGUACAUUUUGGAGCUGUUACUCACAAAAUGGUUACUUGCACCGCUAUCAGACCAAAGUACCUCCCUACCAGGACUGUACUCGCAACUCUGUGCAAACAAAGCAAAACCAAGAUCACCACAUGCGACACUGCCUACAUCAUUCGAAACCGAAAGCGAACUCAUCUCGUCAGCGGACACAAAGUGUGCCAUCAGGGAGUGCAGAUGCCCAGGCGGAAAAGCUGCUGCUCCGGGAGAAGGCGACUGGGGCGGGGCAUGGGUGAAGUGUUGCUGCUGCUGCUGCU